AUGGCGCAACUAGCAGCGAAGAAUAAGCGAAGAUUAUCUCCCCCAGCCUUGCGCCGCAAGUCUACGCGAUCUGAGCUCAGCACCGCUCACCCAUCGCCCCACAUUUCACUGCACACGUGCGCUCACCCGCAUCGCAUCGGUAGGUAG